CGUCACCGCGCGUCACGUGUUGACGAGCGUCGCCAGUUAAUGCUACCAGCAGUUUACCGAUUAUUUUAAUAAGUCAAAGAUAAAAACACAAUUCACUGAGAGAAGGGUGUUGCAUUUGUCGCGUUUCGGUAGAUCGGUAUGCUGUAAUCACGUCCUGUUUUGUUGGAUGAGACUAAGCUGUUUAUAUUUGAUCUGUUGUGACUGCAGAUGUGGCUAGCCUGUUUCGCUUUAUCAGCUAACACUGACACACAGGACUUAAAGAGAGCUCCAGAUGCGGCUAAAGGACCCCUUUUCUUUGAAACCCGCCGAAAUGACUAAGCGGACUAAUAAACCAAGGAAACCUCGAGAUGAGGAGUCAUCAGAUGAAGUCAGCGGGCUGACGUGCCAGCAUGUGAAUAAAGCCGUGGACCUGAACUCUGUGAAGAAGUCUGUUCUCUCAAGCGUGUGGUUGAUGUGCUCAGAGUGCCUAAAGGAAAGGACGAUGAUUGAUGGAGAGCCAGCAGCUAGCCAUGACAUCCUCGUGUGCCUAAAGUGUGGUUUUCAAGGCUGCAACCAGUCAGGGAUCCAGCACGCUGUCAAGCAUCACCAAGCUUUCCAUCCAGAGUCGCACUGCAUCACGAUCAGCCUGAGCACGUGGAAAGCCUGGUGUUUUGAAUGUAACGAAGAGCUCUCUACUCACUGCAACAAGAAGGCCUUGGCUCAGACCCUCGACUUUUUACAAAAACACUCCGUCAAGGCAACAUCAGCAGCAUCACCCAAGAUUCUCAAACUGCGCGAUGAACCAUCAGAGCAUGCUGAACCUAGAGGAAAGAACCCAGUCAUCAACAGCACCCUGGUCCCUGUUAAGGGAAUAAACAACCUCGGGAACACUUGCUUCUUCAACGCUGUCAUGCAGAACCUGUCCCAGACGCACCUGCUCAUCGACCUCAUCCAGGAAGUGAGGGAGAAAGGUUACAAGCUGAGGAUCUGUCCACCUGCGGACGCCAAUUUGAGUCCGCUGACGGUUGCGCUGCCCGGUCCAGAGCCUCUGACCUCGGCCAUGUUUCUGUUCCUGCAGAGCAUGAAGGAGCCUGGGAAAGGCCCGGUCAACCCCAAAAUCCUCUUCAACCAGCUCUGCCACAAAGCUCCACGCUUCAAGGGCUACCAACAACAAGACAGCCAGGAGCUUCUGCACUACUUACUGGACUCCAUACGAGUGGAGGAAACUAAAAGGGUGAAAGCCAGCAUUUUGAAGGCUUUUAACAAUCCGACAGAGAAGACGGCGGACGAGGAGACCAAACGCCAAGUCAAAGCAUAUGGAAAAGAUGGUGUGAAGAUGAACUUUGUUGACCGUAUCUUCGUAGGCGAGCUGACCAACACGAUUAUGUGUGAAGAGUGUGAGCAUAUCUCCACAGUAAAAGAAGCCUUCAUAGACAUUUCUUUGCCCAUCAUAGAGGAGAGGAUAUCCAAACCAUCCUACCCCAGUCGGCUGGGGAAGUCCAGCCGGGAGCAGGACGCCCACGCAGCUCACAGUGAGCCGGUUCUGUCUGUAGGACACUCACUCAACAAAAACAACAGGAAACUGAGCGGACAGAAGCAGCUGAACCGGAGGUCGUCCUCCUCCGUGGAGGAGAAGGGAGCCGGCUGCGGUGCGGAGCGGCCGGAGGAGGAGGGGGUCGCCGGGGGAUCCGCUCGCGGCGUCUCAGUGUGUAAGAUGGCGGCUGCUGGCAGCCUGUCAGAUGGCAGCGAAAGAGACUCGGGCGCUCAGGACAGCAGCAACGACGCCGACAGCGAGGCCUCGGAGAGCGAGUGGGCUCCACGAGCCUCCGCCCACAGUCACGGACACAUAUCCACCUCCACGCUGGCUCCAUCUCCUACCGCUGCCUCCUCCUCCUCCCCGGCAGCAUCGUCCUCCACCAAGCAGUGCGGGGCUGUAGAGCAGCUCGUCACCGCCGUUUCUAAAGUCAACAUGGGCUUCGUGCCGGGAGACGUCUCCGCUCCCACGCACUGCUCCCAGGAGGAACCGGGAGAAACUCCCACCCGAGACAAUCUCCACCACCAACACCACCAGGGAGCCUUCCAGGCGCUGUCCCACAGUUACACCCCCAGCUCCAAGGAGUGCUCCAUCCAGUCCUGCCUGCACCAGUUCACCUCCGUGGAGCUGCUGAUGGGCAACAACAAGCUGCUCUGCGAGAGCUGUACGGAACGCCGGCAGAAGCAGCUGCGCAAGAGCAGCUCAGCAGAUAAGAAGGUGGAGACAAUUUACACGAGUGCCAGGAAGCAGAUAUUAAUAUCCUCGCUGCCUCCCGUCAUCACGUUGCAUCUGAAACGUUUCCACCAGGCAGGGAUGAACCUACGGAAAGUGAAUCGGCAUGUGGAUUUCCCUCUGGUCCUGGAUCUGGCUCCGUUCUGCUCUGCAUCCUGCAAGAACCUGGCAGCCAGCGAUCGAGUCCUGUACAGUCUGUAUGGGAUCGUUGAACACAGCGGCUCCAUGCGCGGGGGCCAUUACACCGCGUACGUGAAGGUGCGUGCUCCUCAGAGGAGGAUGGAGCAGCACCACAAGAACCUGUCAGGUGCGAGGGACGCCGGCAGCAGCGGCCAGGGCCAGUGGGUGUACAUCAGCGACACCACUGUUCAGACAGUACCAGAGUCCAGGGUACUCAACUCUCAGGCGUACCUGCUCUUCUAUGAGGAAAUGUUGUAAUGUGACCAGUCAAAGUACUUUUUUCCUUUUCCUAGAUAUAAUUUUUUUUUCUUUUAAUAUUACUUGGUGAAGCCCCUCCAACUGCUCACACUGUAUCUGUGACGAGACGGAGCCAAGAAAAGGGAAAUGUUUCACAGCUUACUCACCUGAUUUGUGUAAAUUGGCUCUUUGAUUUAUCAAGGAUGUGUAAGGAAAAAAAGAAACAGGUUUUAAAGUUGUUUUCUAGUUUGUUGCACAGAUUUCCAUUCAUGUUUUCUAAUUUCGAGCUCCUGCCUUUUUAAAGAGAGGUCAGAAGAGAAGAGUGUUACUGAAUCUGAGCUUUUCAAUAUUUCUACUUCAUCUCAGGCGCAGUCUUGUGCCAGAGAUUUAAAGUGCAUGAUGGAGUUUGCUACGGUAACUUACUGGGUAUGAGCAGAAAUACUGCAUGCUAAGCUGCACUCAGCACUGACCAGUUGAUGUCAAGCGUGUGUGUGUGAGUGUGUGUGUGCGUGUGCGUGCGUAC